AUGGUGCGGAUGGCGACGGAUGGAAUGCUGCGGAAAUCGAAGCGCCAGCAGUACCGCCACGUAAUGGACGCGAUGCGGCGCAUACGGCACGAGGAGGGCCUGUGGGCGCUGUGGUCCGGCUCUCUCCACAGCGUGGUGCGCACCGUGCUCAGCCUCGGUGUCUCCAUGCCCUUCUAUGCCGGCAUGCGCUCCUCACUCAUCGCCUCUGGAAUGGCACCAGACAGCGCUAGCCUGCACUUCUGCUGCAGCGCAGGCACAGGACUCAUAGCUUCCGUAGUCACCUUGCCCAGUGACUUCGCCAAGACAAGGUGA